GAGUGAUUUUUUUGAAAAAAGUUUUGCUCACCCUCUUUAUUAUUUACCCCUUUUAUGAAAUUUCUCAACAGACUGGAAUCCUUGGAAGAUCAUAACUGCAUAGAGGAUGCGGAAACAUACACCCAAGGUGGCUAUGCCAGAGAUUUGCAUGAGCAGGUGGGAAAUUGAAGACAUUUGAGUGGUGAAUUACAUGGCAUUUGGAAACACCGUUGUUCACCUCAACAUAGCAGAGCAACCUUCCAGUAUCUUAUUAUUAGCUCACUGAAAGCAGGAGGGCUAUGUUCCUGGGACCCUGGCCUUUGCCUCGCCUUAUGCUCUGGUUUGUGGUUCCCAGAAGUCUGUCGGGAAAGCAUGGCUUUGCAUCUUUCAAGCUCCAGGGAUGCUUGUGCCUCCUGGCCCUUCCAUCUCUCUUGCAGCAAGUGUGGGCAUUGCCCUACAAGAUAGGGGUAGUGGGCCCUUGGACCUGUGAUCCUUUGUUCUCAAAGGCCCUGCCUGAGGUUGCAGCUGGAUUGGCAAUUAAAAGAAUCAACCGGGACCAGUUGCUUGACCAGAGUUACUCGUUUGAAUAUGUGAUUCUCAAUGAAGACUGCCAGACUUCGAAGGCUCUAUCCAGUUUCAUUUCCUACCACCAGAUGGCCUCAGGAUUUAUUGGACCUGCCAACCCUGGCUACUGUGAGGCAGCCUCGCUCCUAGGAAACAGCUGGGAGAAAGGGAUUUUUUCUUGGGCUUGUGUGAAUUACGAAUUAGACAAUAAGAAUAGCUACCCGACCUUUUCUAGGAUACUCCCUUCUCCCAUUCGAGUGCUUGUAACUGUCAUGAAGUAUUUCCAGUGGGCUCAUGCUGGGGUCAUUUCCUCAGGUGAAGACAUUUGGGUACAUACAGCCAAUCAAGUCGCAAGUGCUCUUCGGAGCCGUGGCCUACCUGUAGGGGUCGUCCUGACUACAGGACAAGACAGCCAAAGCAUUCGGAAAGCUCUUCAGCGGAUUCGCCAAGCAGACAGAAUUCGCAUAAUCAUCAUGUGUAUGCACUCGGCCUUGAUUGGGGGAGAGACCCAGACACGCCUCUUGGAAUGGGCUCAUGAUCUGAAAAUGACCGAUGGAACUUAUGUCUUUGUUCCCUAUGAUACCCUGCUCUACAGUUUACCUUAUAAGCACACCCCCUACCAGGUCCUAAAGAACAACAAGAAGCUCCGGGAAGCCUAUGAUGCUGUGUUGACCAUUACAGUGGAGUCCCAAGAAAAGACCUUCUACCAAGCCUACACAGAAGCAGCAGCUAAUGGUGAAAUUCCCAAGAAACUGGAGUCACAUCAAGUCUCCCCGUUGUUUGGAACCAUCUUCAAUUCCAUCUACUUUAUCGCACAAGCCAUGGAUCAUGCGAUGAAAGAAAAUGGACAGGCAAGUGCUGGCAGCCUGGUUCAGCAUUCCAGAAACUUGCAAUUCUAUGGAUUCAACCAGUUAAUAAGAACAGAUUCAAAUGGAAAUGGCAUUUCAGAAUAUGUAAUCCUGGACACCAACUGGAAAGAAUGGGAACUCUAUAGCACCUACACUGUGGACAUGGAAAUGGAGCUGCUACGGUUCAGAGGGACCCCUAUUCACUUCCCUGGUGGCAGGCCCCCUAGUGCAGAUGCAAAAUGCUGGUUUGCAGAAGGGAAGAUCUGCCGAGGAGGCAUCGACCCCGCCUUUGCCAUCAUGGUCUGCCUUGCUUUGCUGCUAGCCUUGCUGUCUAUUACUGGAUUUGCUUACUUUAUAAGGCGUCGGAUAAAUAAAAUCCAGUUGAUUAAAGGACCCAACAGAAUUCUACUGACUUUGGAGGAUGUGACAUUUAUUAACCCCCACUUUGGCAGUAAGAGAGGAAGUCGUGCCAGUGUAAGCUUCCAGAUCAUCUCAGAGGUCCAAAGUGGGAGGUCACCAAGGCUUUCCUUUUCUUCAGGGAGUCUAACUCCAGCGACUUAUGAAAACUCCAACAUAGCAAUCUAUGAGGGUGAUUGGGUAUGGCUGAAAAAGUUCCCUCCUGGAGAUUUUGGAGAUAUUAAGUCCAUCAAAUCAAGAGCAAGUGAUGUGUUUGAAAUGAUGAAAGACCUGCGCCAUGAGAAUAUUAACCCUUUAUUGGGUUUCUUCUAUGAUUCUGGGAUGUUUGCCAUUGUGACAGAAUUCUGUUCUCGAAGGAGCCUAGAAGAUAUACUAAUAAAUGAGGAUGUGAAACUUGACUGGAUGUUUAAAUCAUCACUUCUGCUGGAUCUCAUCAAGGGCAUGAAGUACUUACACCACAGAGAAUUUGUUCAUGGGAGGCUAAAGUCUCGAAACUGUGUUGUAGAUGGGCGUUUUGUGUUAAAAGUGACAGAUUAUGGUCUUAAUGACAUUUUAGAAAUGCUGAGACUUUCUGAAGAGGAACCUCUGGUAGAAGAGUUGCUGUGGACAGCCCCUGAACUGUUGAGAGCCCCAGAGGGCAGCAGGUUAGGAUCUUUUGCGGGAGAUGUGUAUAGCUUUGCCAUCAUCAUGCAAGAAGUGAUGGUCCGGGGCACCCCAUUCUGCAUGAUGGAUCUGCCUGCUCAAGAAAUCAUAGACAGACUUAAGAAGCCUCCUCCUGUGUACAGACCAGUAGUUUCUCCUGAGUAUGCUCCUCCAGAAUGUCUCCAGCUGAUGAAGCAGUGCUGGGCCGAGGCUGCAGAACAACGACCAACUUUUGAUGAAAUAUUUAACCAGUUUAAAACUUGCAAUAAAGGGAAAAAGACCAAUAUCAUCGAUUCCAUGCUUAGGAUGUUGGAACAAUAUUCUAGCAACUUGGAAGAUUUGAUCAGGGAGCGGACUGAAGAGCUGGAAAUUGAAAAACAGAAAACAGAAAAGCUUCUAACACAGAUGCUACCACCAUCAGUUGCUGAGUCCCUGAAGAAGGGCUGCACAGUUGAACCUGAGGGUUUUGACUUGGUCACCUUGUACUUCAGCGACAUUGUGGGCUUCACCACCAUCUCAGCCAUGAGUGAGCCCAUUGAAGUGGUGGAUCUUCUGAAUGACCUGUACACACUCUUUGAUGCAAUCAUUGGCAGUCAUGAUGUCUAUAAGGUAGAGACCAUUGGAGAUGCUUACAUGGUAGCCUCGGGCCUCCCAAAGAGGAAUGGCAGCAGACACGCAGCUGAAAUCGCAAAUAUGUCCCUGGACAUCCUGAGCUCUGUGGGCACCUUCAAGAUGCGGCACAUGCCAGAGGUGCCAGUUCGAAUUCGAAUGGGCCUGCACUCAGGGCCUGUUGUUGCUGGAGUGGUGGGCCUCACCAUGCCUAGAUACUGCUUGUUUGGAGACACUGUAAAUACAGCUUCUCGGAUGGAGUCAACAGGCUUACCAUACCGAAUUCAUGUCAGUCUCAGCACGGUUACAAUUCUUCGAACUUUGAGUGAGGGCUACGAAGUAGAGCUUCGAGGAAGAACAGAGCUUAAGGGCAAAGGCACAGAGGAAACCUUCUGGCUAGUUGGAAAAAAAGGCUUCACAAAACCACUCCCUGUACCACCACCAGUGGGCAAAGAUGGGCAAGUGGGCCAUGGCCUACAACCAACGGAGAUUGCAGCUUUCCAAAGAAGAAAAGCAGAAAGGCAGUUGGUGAGAAAUAAGCCAUAAGGUAAUGG